AUGUUAGAUUUCCUUACUCGUGACUUUCCGUUUUACGCGUGGAGUGUGAUGCUUGAUAGAAGGCUUCGUCAUUUUGACAUAUUUUUCAGUGAUGGUGCUGUUAAAGUAGAUCAUGUUAUGAAGGCAUUUGAAACUGAGCCAAACGGGCCAAACGUUGAAAAUUUCCGAUCGUGGAAAAGCGAUUGUGUGACGCUUGGUAAGCUUCUGCAUGAACGUCUUCUGAAGAUGGAAAAACAGUUCAAAAUUCAAACUCGUUGGUCUCCGUCAGAUCCACAAUACAGGUCCAGUUUGGUGACUUGUGAGGCUGUAAGAGCAAAACAGACCCUGGAUCUAAUUCUGGUUUCCGGUAGAAGAAGAUGGUUUCUUCUUUCCCUAAAAAAGAAAUACACAGAUGGCCAAGCCCAGGCGAAACGUUUGUGUAAGGGCGUCACCAAAGAGAAUACCAAUCUGCGCAAGCAGUUAAAAGUAUUUAACUCUUCUGUAGACAUCCUCCGGCAACAUGAUUACUCUUCAUUUUCCCCUCUUUCAUGGGAAGAUGUUAGUGACGUCAGCAGUGCCAUCUACUCCAUCAACAUCCCAAACAAAGACGGUGUUCCUGUGUGCAUUAAAAGGUCAGCAGUUGAUGCGCAGAACUUGAUUUCGCGAUGUUGGGAGGAGAUGAAAUAUCAAGACGCUGAAAUGUCUAACACUAUCACUGCAUAUUUCAACCAAUGUCUUGAAAUUGAAGGUCGACUCUCUUCGUUGGCAAGUCACCAUGAAUUUCAAGAUUCUAACAAUCUCAAAGGUCUUUAUUCCAUCCAUACAAAGCAACUGUACGAUGAGCGUGUGCGACUUUUUGGUGCUUGUAAUAUGUUUAAAAAGUUUAUCACACCUUCUCCAGAAGUUAGUAAUUACAUGGUUGACAAUGUCCAGGAAGUCAAUGUACUCGAUUUCUGGAAUGCAGGCGAAGAGUUUGAAAGUGAUGAAGAUGAUGACAAUGAUAGUGAUGUUGAAGUGGGACUAUUUAUAUUAACGCGAAGUAUCAGUGAAAUUUUCUUCGAUACGUUGGAAAGGUUAGGAAGACGAGAAUUUGACGUAGCUUCCCUUAUUGGUUUGGAGUGUGCUGGUGAUCGAAGUUGUGCUUUUUUGUCGGAACUACUAAAGGAAGGCAUGGAUGAGAACCAGCAGCAAAGCAAAGAAAACAAAAGUGCUGAUGAGGUGCCACUUGAGUCUGUAAAUGGAAAGAAAACACUGAAAAAUGACGAUUGUAGCUUCAAUGGAUGCCAGAAAUAUUUUUAUGAAAAACUGGCAGAUACAGUUUUGUAUUGUACUCCAGGAUAUACAUCUUUCCCAAAAGAUGGUAUUUCUUCAGAGAAGAAUGAAAACUUAAAUGCUUUCUUUAAUCAGUAUAAAAGACGAUUUUUUGAACGACGUAGCCUGAAAAGACCAGUCUACACACUAAAACUUGACCAAGAAGGUAAGAUUGUCCGUGACAAAAAUGGCAUCCUUGUUGUUUUGGUCAACAGUUAUGUUCAAGGAGAGCUUAAGACUACAAAGCAACUUCUCUACAGAGAGGCUGUAGAUGGUGUAUUAAGCAGUUUACACUACAUUAAAGGUGUCCUUGGAGAGGAUACUUGCCUCCCUGGAGGGGUGAAUGCCUUGAGUAGGCUAUUCAAUCAAAAAUAUGUAUUUAAGGGUAUUUUCAACCUUAUUAGGGCCUUCUUGGCUCGAUGCUCAACAUGUCAGGUCAACAACCCCUUGCCAAUGCGAGUGCUUCCCCCUCCUGUCCCCAUUAGAUCUUUUCGCCCCCAUUCCAGACUACAGUGUGACCUUAUUGACAUGGCCCCAAAGAAGCACCGUAGUUUUAUGCAGAAUAAUUGUUGGAGCUACCGUUACAUUCUAACAGUCAAGUGCUGUUUCUCGAAGUUUUGUUGGCUGUUCCCGUUAAAAACAAAGUCUGCAGAAGAAGUGUAUGCCGUUCUGAAGGCCUUGUUCAUCAAGGAAGGGUCACCUACUGUAAUUCAGUCAGAUAAUGGUGGUGAAUUCAUUGGAGAGGUAGUGCAAAAACUUUGCAAAGAAUUUGAAGUUUGCAUGGUUCAUGGUAGGCCACACCACCCACAGUCUCAAGGCCAGAUAGAAAAUCUCAACAAGCAAGUCAAAAGGUUACUUGCAAGGUUUUUACAACAGUUGCCUAGAGAUCUUCAGGCCAAUGUCUGGCCUUUACUACUCUCUGCUAUUGCAGACCUUUUGAAUUGCAAGUGGCACAGCACAAUUAAUGAUGUGCCUUUUCGAAUAUAUAAGAACCGUGAGCCUUCCUGCUUGGUGGACUACAUCAUCCCAGAUGAUAGUAUGUGGACAGAAAGUAUUGAAGAUGGUUGCCUUGAGGAUUAUGAAUUUUCAUCAGAAGAUUUCAUUGAACUUGAGAGACAUGGGGAAAGCACUUCCAUGGAUAAAUCUAAAUUAGAAGAGAUAACAGAGGCCAUCCUGCAAAUUUCUUCUGAGACCAUAUUAUUGUCCUCAUUGGGUGUUUCAGCUAAGCAGCUGUCAGCAGCUGUUAAGAAGAUAGUGCAAGGAAAUUCACAUUCUCCACCUUCUCACAGUCACAACAACAUCCCACUUCAAUCAGUGGAUUCAGAGGCAGAAUUCCAGGUAGAGUGGUGGCCAGAUGGUUUUGUUCAAGGAAAAGCAGUGUGA